AUGCCUGUCAAGACCGCCACCUUCACGGACUUGGAACCGAGGGUCGCCGUGAAGAAGAGCCGUGUUUUCCGAAGAUCUCGAGGAGGGUGUCGAAAUUGCAAGUUACGAAAGAUCAAGGUAGGUCCCAUCUCAAGCCACGGCUCAAAUUUACCGCCUAACCCGUCAAGUGUGAUCAAGCCAAACCGCAGUGUCGAUGCUGUCUAUCAUUUGGCGUCUAUCCCGGACCUGUUGCCUUCCAAGGAGGCGCACUCCCAGUGGUUUGGAACAACAUAUGACACAACGCCGCCGGCAAAGGCCCCAAUUCCACCUCUGAAGCAACGUGUAUCUAGCCAAGUUGCGUCUAGGACGUCGUCCGUCACCAUCGAACUAGAUGCUAGGUCGAUGAGAAUGAUAACCCGGUUUUACGAGGAAAUUAAAGCGAGGUUUGAAUUUCCAGCCAAGGAUGUCUUGCAAUUCACACAAAGUUAUCCCUUUUUGAUGCAUGCGACGUUGGCAUUGUCUCUCGCUCACGACCGUUCUCUUACCUCGGCAAGCAAACCCAACCAAGGUAGAACUGUACGCGAGAUGAAGCACUUUCUCCAAUGCACGACGUUGUUUCAACGCCACCUACGCGAAGGUAUCCAUCCAAUAGACCGGGAUCCGAUAUGGGCCACAGCGUCAUGGCUUAGCAUACUAUUAUUCCUAGCCAUCGACGAGCACGACCCUUCCAAAGCAUGGCCAUUCAAAGGGUCCGAAACAGCAGACAUGGACUGGCUACGCAUGGGUGAUACAAAGUGGAAGCUCUAUCAACUCACCAACCCCCAUCGGCCGGAGAGCAUUUUUUAUCCCAUCUCAAACCUUUAUUCACAGAUGCGUACAAACAUCGCAGCCAGCGGAAUCAACACCGUCUCCCCAUCUCUGUAUGAAGUGUGCGGUCUCGACGGAUCAAGCCGAUAUGAUACGAACCCGUACUUCCAAGCGGCUCAAACAGUAACUAACUUGAAGAACUUUGAGCCUUCGAACGUCCCGAUGCCCGCAGCCAUGUCAUUUAUCACGCAUGGACACCCCGAUUUCAAAGUUCUUCUGCUAAAGAAAGACCCCGUGGCCUUGUUGCUACUUGCCUUGUGGUACAGCAGGGUGAGAGAGUCUGUCUGGUGGAUUAAUCUUCGGGCUAUGACGGAGCUCGAGGCUAUAUGCUUGUAUCUACGGAAGCACUAUAGCCACGACGUUUUGAUUAUGGAACAUUUACCAUCGGAUUAUUGA